AUGCCACUUAAAAGGAUGCAACAGAACUCGAAGUCGGAUACGAAUCAGAGUUCAGCUGCUGCUACGGCCACAGAUACCGAUAAUGAUAGCUCUAGUAAUGUUGCUAGCAGACCUCGUGGCCGAAAGUGCCAACAUGAUGACGAGGUAUAUGUUUUUAUGUCGGAUAUGAAACAAUCUUUUGAUACCCUCAAAAAUCAACAAGUUAAAGUUCUAAGUAGUAUUAGUGACAUCCAGAAUCAAAAUGGGGAUAUUAUUAAAUCCAUGGACUUUAUCUCAAAACAGUAUGAUGAAAUUAAAAUCGAUUGA